AAAAUACAUAGCAAUCCAUCUAUCCAAGUAUCCAUCCAAAAAAGGAAGCAGGCAAAGAAGAAGAGCAAGAUGGAGGAGGAGAAGGGGAAGGAGAAGGAGAUGGGGUUAGGAGUGCAUAGCCAAGUGAUAAAGAUAAAGAAAGAAACAGAGAAAAUAAAGCACCCAUCUCUGCAGCACCUACAACACAUGAGGCGUGUUCUCAAUAUCAGAGAAGUCAACCGCCUUCGCUCUCGCUCCCCUCUUGGCUUACCUCACCCUGCCAGGCCUUUCCUUCUUGGUAAUGCUUAAUUACAUCUUUCUCAGUCCUACCUACUCCUAUGUAUAUGUAUAUAUGUUGUGUUUUUUAUGUGUAUCUACUAUCUACUACCAUCUAUAUGUGGUUCUGGACUUCUUCCUUGUACAUGUUUUUAGUGUUAUAAUAUAGGCCAUCAUCAUUAAUACGUUGCCUCCACUUUGAUU